GACCGCCGUCCGCCUCCUACCAGCGCAGCGGCCUCACGACCCGUGAGAGCCUGUGGACAUCGCGUUCCAGACGGCGCCCAGCCGGCGACGCGGAUCUGCAGGGCAGGCGACGUGAGGCGCGGCGAAGGAGGCGGCGGGCGGCGGGCGCCCCGGCCAGGGUCCUCGCGGGUCCUCGGCGGGGCCCGGGGGAGGGCCCUCUUUGUGGCUGCCGUUGGCAAGAUGGCGCCGGUGGGGGUGGAGAAGAAGGUGCUGCUGGGCCCCAACGGGCCCGCGGUGGCGGCCGCCGGCGACCUGACCAGUGAGGAAGAGGAGGGCCAGAGCCUAUGGUCCUCGAUCCUGAGCGAGGUGUCCACCCGCGCCAGGUCCAAGCUGCCGUCCGGCAAGAACAUUCUGGUUUUCGGUGAAGAUGGUUCUGGGAAAACAACCCUCAUGACUAAACUACAAGGAGCUGAGCAUGGCAAAAAAGGAAGAGGCCUAGAGUAUCUCUACCUCAGCAUUCAUGACGAGGACCGAGAUGAUCACACGCGCUGUAACGUGUGGAUUCUGGAUGGAGACCUAUACCACAAAGGGCUGCUGAAGUUUGCAGUUUCUGCUGAAUCCUUGCCGGAGACCCUGGUCAUUUUUGUUGCAGACAUGUCUAGGCCUUGGGCUGUGAUGGAAUCUCUACAGAAAUGGGCUAGUGUUUUACGUGAGCACAUAGAUAAAAUGAAAAUUCCACCAGAAGAAAUGAGGGAGCUGGAACGGAAGUUUGUGAAAGAUUUUCAAGACUAUAUUGAACCAGAAGAAGGUUGUCAAGGUUCCCCACAGAGAAGAGGGCCUCUGACCUCGGGUCCUGAUGAAGAAAAUGUUGCCCUGCCUCUUGGUGACAAUGUGCUGACUCAUAAUCUGGGGAUCCCAGUGUUGGUGGUGUGCACAAAGUGUGAUGCCGUGAAUGUCCUGGAGAAGGAGCAUGAUUACAGGGACGAGCACUUUGACUUUAUCCAGUCACAUCUACGGAGGUUCUGCCUCCAGUAUGGAGCUGCCUUGAUUUACACGUCAGUGAAGGAAGAAAAAAACCUCGACUUGUUGUAUAAGUACAUCGUUCAUAAAACAUAUGGUUUCCACUUUAACACGCCUGCCUUAGUUGUGGAAAAGGAUGCAGUUUUUAUACCUGCUGGCUGGGACAAUGAAAAGAAAAUAGCCAUUUUACAUGAAAAUUUCACAACUGUGAAGCCCGAUGAUGCAUAUGAAGACUUUAUCGUGAAACCUCCUGUGAGAAAGCUGGUCCACGACAAAGAGUUGGCAGCAGAGGAUGAGCAGGUGUUCCUAAUGAAGCAGCAGUCACUCCUUGCCAAGCAGCCAGCCACGCCCACGAGAGCUUCCGAAUCCCCUGCACGAGGACCCUCUGGCUCUCCAAGAACUCAGGGCCGGGGAGGGCCAGCCAGCGUGCCUAGUGCCUCCCCAGGCACGUCAGUAAAGAAGCCGGAUCCAAACAUCAAAAAUAAUGCAGCAAGUGAAGGGGUGUUGGCUAGCUUCUUCAACAGUCUGUUGAGUAAAAAAACAGGCUCUCCUGGAAGUCCUGGUGCUGGUGGAGUGCAGAGCACAGCCAAGAAGUCAGGACAAAAGACUGUGUUGACAAAUGUUCAGGAAGAACUGGAUAGGAUGACUCGAAAACCAGACUCCAUGGUAACAAACUCUUCAACAGAAAAUGAAGCCUGAUCCUCCUUAAAAGUGCAUAUGUAAAAUGACCAAAUAACUAUGUAUAUUGAUCUGCUAAGACCAGGAUUUUUCUGAUACGGCACAUGCUAUCAGUUUUUUGGGGCAGGGGAGAUGAACUUUAAAAAAAAAAAACUUCAUUGGCUUGUCCGAGUGUGAAUUGCACAUUUAGGAAGAUUAUGUGUCAGAUCCCUUUGUUAAGGAUAAGCUUGGACUCGCAGGCAUGUUGCUCUCUCGUGGGAAGCAAGUGCCGCUGGGGCUUCAUGUGGAGGGGAAGGUAGAUGAAGAGAGAGCGAGCCCUCUUUCUUUCAGGGCGGAGCAAAUGAGAGCAGGAAAUCAUUGAUCAGAUGGUUAGUCUGACCAGGUGCGUGCUAGCAAAUUCACUUGUUCUUGGGAAGCAGAUUAAGUAGCAGAAAGUCCAGGAAACAAAAAAGGCUUAAAGGAGGAAUGAGAGAAGUGAUGGUGGGGAAGCUGAACGUUAAAGGAGGUGAAGGAAGGAGGAGAUGGGCAGUGUUAGUAAAUACUGUGUGUUCGGUAGAAGUUGAAUAAUCAUUUUUAAGACUUAAUAUCAGAAGCAUUUCCAAACUAAACACUAAGCAAAAUGGGAAUUAGCCUUGUUCUGAAUGCAUCUUUAAUUUAUGAAAGGUGUAAGUAUGGGUGUGCCUGAGUCAGGUGGAGCUGACACAGGGAUGGGGAAGAUGGCAGCCUCCCAGGACUCACGUGCUGGCCUAGGCCAUGUUCUCGUGGGAGGCGCUGGGCUCCAUGCAUGUGCAGGGUGGGGCAGACAGUCACUGGGAUGUGUUUCAAGUCAGCAGUUACAAAAUUAGUUUACUUUAAAUAGUGUUUUCUUAACAACAACAACUCUUUUUUAAAUUUCAAAAACUUUUUUUUUUUUUACUACCACAGGCUGGCCUACAAAUAGAGAAUGGGUGACCAACCUCUCAUUUUACUAUAAUGCAAAGUACUACAGAAAGUUUGAGGGAGGUUUUUAAUGUAAUUGCACACUGAUUAAUUGGCUUGCACCAGUCCCUGCCUUACUGUCUGUGGAAGCCAUCAUGUGGUUCCAUUGAUGCAAAAGGGUCUUGUCCUAGCUCCCUGGUCUGAUCAGUGCUAUGAGAUGGACAAACAAAUGAAUGUUUUAUAUUGAAAAUGAAAAUGAUACACUUCUCUUGUUUUAUGUUUUUCAUAAAAUGUAGCUUUUUUUUUUCCUUAUGGAAAUAAGAGUUUCAGGUGUCUCCAUUUACGGCAAAUUCAUGCACAUUAUCAUGUCACAGCACCAUUCUGGAAAUGACUUCUGUGGAUUUGAAAUGGCACUUUUAAUUUUAUACAUGAUACAGAACUUUUAAAUGCAAACACUACCAUUAAUUUAAUGUCUAAAACUGUUGUCAAACCAAGGGAAAAACCACAGUUCAUUUAUGUGGAGUUUACUUUUUUUAUAUGAAUGUUUAUUGUACUGUGUCUGAGCAUAACUUCCCUAAUGUUAUUACUUUUACAUACAAGAUUUGACUGACCACUAACAUAGUACUGGGCAUAACUUAAUAUCCUAUGUUAUAGAACAAGACUCUAAAACUGUCUUGAAUUGCUUUUUUGUAAAGGUCUGAACACUGUUAAGGAGAAAGCUGAGUAUUUACUUGCCUUUCUGACAAACAUAAAACAUGUUUCUUGUGCCAGUUUUAUUAUUGAAAAUAUACUUUUUCACCCUUUUUAAAUUCAGUUUUCUUUUUUAAAUGUAUUGUGGUUUCCAAUUACCCAAUUGUCCAGGUAAUGACAGUAAACUGACUGUGGAGUGAUAGUUGUGGAGUAGUGACCAAUAGAUGCCCAACAGCUUGUGACCACAUUAGCUGGUGGGGUCGCUUAAUUCCUCUGUAGUGGCUGGGAGUGGGGCACAAAAUGAGUGACCUCAGGAACAAGAAAGAAUUCUUGGAAAGGCACAUGCCUAAGAGGGAUAUGGAGUGAUUUUAAAUUUCAAAGCAUAAUUUUACUUUUCGUUUAUUUUAUUUUUUUAUGAUUUAAACUGAUAAGCACUUUUGUGUCACUGUAAAAUGUACUAAAACCGAUGAAAUGCUAAGGCACCUGUGUUUUGUGAAGGAGGGUUUCUUGGAGACCACUUUCAGUUUCUCAUGACAAAUGGAUGCUCCUAGUAUCAGAAGAAACUAUUGCAUAGUGUCAUGUGCUUAGUGGUUGCCAAAGUCUACCAACUUUGGGGAGCUGCAGGGUUCUUUCUGGGAGGUGGGGGGAUGGGAGGGUCUUAUUGUUAUUUUGGGGCUUUCAAGCAUUGGAACCAAAGGCCAAACAAUAAACAGCCUUUACGUUUUACAGUAAAAUUCAUGUUAUUUGCAGAAUACACUUGUAUGGUAGACUAUUAAAUACAAUUUUAUGACUAUUUAUAUACAUUAUAGUGGUUACAUCUGCUGUUUGUCUUUAAAAUGGAAGAAUCAAAGAAAUAAGCCCAGCUUUGAAGAUGUGGCCUUACUGAGGCCAUGAAUUAUUCUUUCCUAAAAAUGCAACGGGUAUGCUGCUAGAAUUAUUUAAUUUUGUUUGCACUUUUUUAUUUUGAUUGGCAUUUUAAAAUCAGUAUUUAAAUUGAAGACUUUGCGUUUCAUUAGUUUUAACAAAGUUGAAAGUGACUGCUUUGUACAUCAUGACCUUAACAAUGUUGAUACUGUAAGUGAAAGUUCACUGUUGUCUCUAUACUAAGUUUAUUGGUAUUUUUCACUUAAAAUUAGGACUGCAGAUUAUUCCCUGAGCAGCCUUGGUCCAGGGGGGUGGCUCUAUCCAGAUUCGGUAUGCAGUCAUGUGGAACCUUGCUUUCUAGUGCUGGGAAAGAAGAUGUCUCUAAUUACUGGCUUCAAUAAACACGAAUCCAGACUGCUUACAAUUUUUGGUGACUUUCUUUAUGACAAAUCUUCCCACUGGAGAUACAUUGAAUUGUCUGCUCGACAUGUGGGGUGUCUGCCCUGUAGCUAAAAAUGUAUACCUCUUGAAAUUCUCAGAAAUUCUGUUAAAAAAAAACAUUUGAAAGCCAUAUUUUGAGGUAUGUGGAGUUCCACCUAGUGGGUAAAGUACAAUGGUGUUAGUGAGUUGUCCAACCUAUUUUCUUUCCUCUUGGAUAAAUUUUUGAUUUUCUGAAUUGGGCUAGGUCAGUGGUUGGCAAACUGCGGCUCGAGAGCCACAUGCGGCUCUUUAGCCCCUUGAGUGUGGCUCUUCCACAAAAUACCAUGGUCUGGGCGAGUCUAUUUUGAAGAAGUGGCGUUAGAAGAAGUUUAAGUUUAAAAAAUUUGGCUUUCAAAAGGAAUUUCAAUCGUACUGUUGAUAUUUGGCUCUGUUGACUAAUGAGUUUGCCGACCACUGGGCUAGGUGAUUUUCAUUUAACUAAUUUAGAAGCCUUGAGGAUUCAUAGAGGACUUGCAGAGCAGCUAUAUUAAUGGGAAUAGUAAAAUAUGUUCAAGAAAAUUAAAUUCUUUGUAUUAGACAUCAUUGCAUUUCUAAUUGUUAUAGUUUAAGCAUGUUGAUUUUUUUUGUUCUUUAAAGCUGAUUUGGUAUACAAAUUAUUUCCCCAACUUUUUAUUUUGCAAAAUUGUAAACCUCCAGAAAAGUUGAAAGAGAAGUAUACUGAACUCUCAUGUUCUUUUAUAUAAAUUCACCAGUUAGUAAUUAUCACAUUAGGAGUUCUUAAAUGGUAAUUUUCUUAUCCCAUCAUUCCUUCUACAUUUAUUAGCUGGCAUUCAUCUAUAAAGAAGAGUUUUCUACCCUCUGUCCUUUUUGGAUUGUGGUUUUUACUAUGAAUUUGGUUUUAUUUUUUUAAUUCAAAGUGUUAUAAUCUAAUAACUCAAUCCUUUUUUAUGCCCAGCUUGCCCCAGAUUUGAAGAGUGAUGAUCUCCAACUAGCUGUGUCUUUUUUUUUUUUAAAUGAGAUUUAAUUCACAACUUCAAAUCCACUUUAAAAUGUUGAUUUCAGGGAUUUUUUUAGUAUAUUCACUAUGUUGUGUACCCAUUAUCACUAUCAGAUUUCAGAACAUUUCCAUCACCCUCAAAAGAAACCCUAUACCUAAUAGUCCUACUUCUUCCAUUCCCCCAUUCCCUGGCAGUCACAAAUCUCUCUAUGGAUUUGCCUACUCUGGAUAUUUUACAUAAAUGGAAUAAUACAAUAUUUAGC